AUGGUGUUACUUGCCUUCAAUUCUACACCUAUUGGAAUAGAUACACGGACGACAGCGCAUCCGUCGAGUCUAUGUCCUGGCUUUAUGGAUAUUGAUACCCUCAAGUUGGCUUGUGCUUCAUCGACGGGUUAUGAGCUGCUCAUCACCCAAUUCGAUGUUAUUGGGCCCGCGUUCCGAGGCACUUGGGGUGGUUUUCUUGUGUUUGGCCUGACUGCGUUCACUACAUUUAUGGUCCAAUUCUUCUUCGCGUACCGAGCUUGGUAUUUCUCUAAAAAGUCAGGAGCAUUUUGGGUCAAUCCUAUAAUGAUGCGAUUGAUGGCUGGACUUAUUGCUCUAUCAGCACUCACACAACUAGCAUUUGGAAUGGCAACGACUGUCCUUUCGUGGCAACAUUGGACAUUUGACAACUCAAGGCAGUACCGGUGGGUCGCUGUAGUCUGCACUGUUGCAAUCAUUAACCUAGCUUUGUUUUCUUCGCUGGACAAUCUAGCACAACUUGGUCUAAAUUUUAUUCUUGGCACAUUGUAUAUUUCUACCAUGCUAACGGCACUGAAUUCUCGCCCCUCUCAUUCGCCAAACUUCGCGAUAUGUACUCUUGGUGAUGGACAUGUUGUCUGUGAACCAACCGAGGGUACAGACACCAUAAGAUUCGCUGAACAAGGUAUCCCAGUUCCAAUGACCAAACUUGGCGAUCCUCCGACCCACAGAAGAGUGGCGAGUACAGAUGUUCGAGAAGCUCAGGUGCCGGAUACUCACUCGACAAAACACGCCAUCGAGUUAUCGGGAAAUAAUAUCGGACGCAACAAGGAUGCAAAAGAUUCUCAAGAAGAUGAUGAUCUGGAGUCUAUCGAUGCCAGGUCGGAAUUAGGGAAACUAGAAGAACUCCCCGGACGAAGCUAG